AUGAUACUAACUCAUAAGUUAUUGAUUGUGCUCACUGGUUUCGCUGUCUCAACUCUGCAAACAACGAUCAAUACAACUGAAAUAUACACCAGUACUACUGAGGAGUACUCCGACUCAUCUGAAACCUACGCCAAUACAACCACCAAAGCACCACACAACGAUUCCCUUACAGCACAAUUGAAUUCACACUUACUACAAGGUCUGUAUUUACAACUUCAGUGUCUUCGAUUGUACAGUGAAGUGAAUCGGAGAGGUUAUUGGUCUGAUAUGUGCGACAGUAAUGAAGCCCUAUCACCAUUGCAAGUGUGGAGUACAGGAUCAUUGUGCACACCAGGAUAUCAGCUGCACGGUAGAUCGAGCUAUUGGUUGAUAUAUGAAUACAAUAACUUCCGUGGUCGGUAUCUUUUGCUUAGUCCUGAUAUGUGCAUCUAUAAUGUUCACCGCUAUGGCAUACGAACAACUAGCUCUAUUCUCAAAUGCGUUCAAAUUAAUCCUUACUAUUCUUCUCUCUACUGUGAAUAUCCACCACAACCAUGGAGACAAUCUAGUGGGCUAUCAGAGAAUCCUCCAAGUCAACUACCAAACGGUGAACAAGCAUCUUACAAAUCCAGUUCGUCUCAGGAAACACUAAUGCAGAAUGUCGAUCUGUCCGAUCUACAACAAUCCAGUUUGAAUGGGAAUGAUUCUUGA